UAUGCGUGUGUGCGAACCAGCGCUGGCGAUUGUCAAGAUUGGCCCCCUCGCAGCAGACUGUGCCGUCGUCGUCCGAAAAAGAAGUGCUCCGCGGAUUAAAAAAAAUCACGAUGCAAUCCGUCGUCGUUCCGUCGGUCGCGACCGUGUAAAGCAAGUGCGCAGGGGGUUCCGCCGGAGGCGGAAACGGUUCUAGCUCGUUGUGCGAAUUGUUGUGCUUUAAAGUUGGCAAGUGUUAAACAACUUUCGAGGGAAAUCCGGAUUUAGACAGGGGGAAAAAAGUGGCUUCCAACGGGGAGGAGGGUCCGGUGGUCGCGGAGGCGACCCCGGUCGCCAUGUUCGAGAUCGGCCCGCCGCGGACCGAGGUCGCGGUCGCCGAGAAUGGGAAGGACGUCAAGGAGGAACCUGGCGCGGGAUGCUCCGUCGACGACGGAGCGGAUUCCGGGGACGGCGUUGGCCGCCCCUUCUGUCGGCUGUGCUUCACCAAGUCGGAGGAGCUGUGUCCGCUGUUUCCGCCGGCCACCAUCCCGAACAAGACGCUGCUGCACAAGAUCUUCGACUGCACCACCAUAACGCUAAGUUUCCGCGACGACCACAACGCGCAGAUCUGCUCCGGCUGCGUGGUCAACAUUGAAGCCUUCUUCAAGUACAAAAUAACGUGCGUCGAGAAUGACCGACUGCUGCGCAAACGCCGCACCAGCUUCUUCUCGGGGCUGGGCCUCACGGCGGAUCCGGCCACGGUCCGCGCCAGUGGCAUUCUGGACGACGAGGAGAAACAGCUGGAGCAGAAGGUCGAGCAGGGCAAGACGGCGCCUGGGACUGGACCUGAGGGUGAUGGCUUUGCGGUCAAGCAGGAGUUGAUUGGGGAAGAGGAGGAGGAGGAGGAGGAGGACGAUGACGAUGGCUACUUUAACCCGGAACAGUUUUUGUCCCAGGACACGCAAAUCGGGGAGAAGUCUAUUGAUCAGUCUUCGCUGAACGGCAGUGGCUAUGACUCGGGGAAUUCCGGCUUUGAACGGGGCUGGAAGACGACGGAGUUUUCUCCUCAACCGGGCAUGUCCGGGUUGAAACCUCUCAAGAUCACCGACUAUUCCAACCUGACCGGCAAGCGAGGCCGUCCGCAAAAGUUCAUCACGACGGUUCCGACGGAACGGCUGCUGGCUCGCCCUACCGGUCCUCAUCCGUACCCGAACCAUCCCCAGUUCCAAACUUCCUCACCGCUGCAAAGGCCUCAACAAUCGCCGCAGCAGCAGCAGCGUGGCUUUGAGAGUGCCUACCGGCAGCAUCUGGGACUGACCAACGGAAACAACGGCGUCGGCGGUGGUGGUCGGCCAACGUUGUCGCAGCCGCCGCCGGCCGCUGCCAUGUCGAUGGGCGGAAACCGGUACGAGCCGUACCCAUCGCUGUCGCCGAUGUCGUCGGCCGUCGAACAGACGCGCAAGGUGCAAAAGUUCCUGGACGACGGGCUGCGCGAUUUGAUUCUGUGCCAGGGCACGCCGAACCCGAACUUUGCACUGGACGGUGGCUACACCAGCUUCAAGGUCGUCAAGGCGCGCUGCAACUCGUACAACCUGAUCUUCGAGGCGAACCGCUUCCUGCGGCGCAACAAGUCGUGCAGCGGCCUGCCCAAGUGGUACUGGGCGUGCAGCAUCAACGGCUGCCCCGUUAAGGUGUGCAGCUACCGCGGCCGGUUGUUCAAAACCAACGACAAGAUCAACCACAUCCAUCCGCCGUCGGAAACGGACGAGUCCCACCAUGAAGUUGUGCUGCCGCACCAGAUUGACACGGUGGAGUUGGGGAUGAUGGCGGCGGCGCCGCAGGUUCCGUCCCAGCAGUCGCAGCAGAUUCAUCGCCAGCUUGCGCAGCAGUUGCAGCAGCGCCAGAUGAUGAAGAUGGCGGCUUCGGUGAUGCCUCCGGCAAGGGAUCCGUUGGGUGCCGGGUUGAUGGACGAUAGUUCGUGCUCGAACCUGGAGGAAGAUGUGUACGAGGAUGCGAGUGCGUACGAGAUGGUGAAGGGCGAGGAGGAGAAGGAUGCGGUGUUGAUCUACAAGAACCUCAAGUAUGGGCUGGAGAAGGUCGAGGAGGAUGGGGUUAAGGUUUGGAAGUGUUCCAGUGAGAAGGGAGAGGACGGUGGGGAGAUUGAGUGUGAGACGAUUCGUCAGUUGGUGGACGGGCGGAUCAAGUUGGAGAAGAAGAUCAAGAAGCGAGUUUCCAGUGAAGAGGAAGGAGAGGAGGAGGAUGAUUUUGGGCCGUACGACGACGAUGUCGAGGGUGGCAGGCGGAAGAAUAGUCGACCGCCGAAGAUCGCCAUCUACGAGGGUUAUCACUACAAGUACUGCCACGCCCGGCCGGAGGGAACCUUCUACUGGCGGUGCGUGCUCAAGAACGAAGAGUCCGUCAACUGUCCGGCGUCGCUGCACACAAAGGCCACCUUUGAGUUCCUUAACUUUAACGAUCAAACGCACAACCACGAUCCGCCGGCGGAGUCCGUCAAGCUGGAGAACGCGAUCGUGUGCAUGAUCAAGCCGUCGCAGAAACCUCCAACAGUUCCACCCGUGGGUUCCACCGACUUCCAGCUGGUCAAGAGUGGCCAGAAGCGAGAGUUCCUGAUCUACCAGGGCUACCGGUACUACUUCCAGUACGAAUCCAAGAACGGCAAGCGCUCGUACCGCUGUACCAUGUUCCGCAACUGUCCGGCCGGGGCGUUCCUCAUGCCGGACAACACCAUCGCAGAGGCUAAAAACUUUGUCCACACGCAUCCACCCACGGAGAACCUGGAAAAGUACGUCACCAAGGACAGCCUGAUCACCAGCCCGAUCAAGGACGUCGACGGUCAACCGCGCCGCCAGCAGCAAACCCUCGCCCAAAGCGGCGCCUUCCCGAUGCUCGCCGAACAACAACCGCCGGAACCACGCCCUGUCGGAACAAGCGAAGAGAUCGCCCGCGCCAACGGCUACAAAAUCAUCCUCAACUACAAAAACAAAGAGAUACUCAUCUACAACGGGUGGCGCUACUUCGUCGACUACAAAAAGAAAAACGGUGGCGGCGUCUGGCGCUGCUCGUCCCAUCGUCUCUGCCGCGGUGCCGUCCACCUCUUCCCGGACGGUUCCAUCAACUACGCCAAACUGGUCGACCAUAACCACAUGCCACCACGUCGAAACCUCACCGCCGGCGCGCUCUCCCUCGACUCGGGCAGCCGCCCCACCGACAUCACGUUCGACAGCUCGCUCCCCGCCGGAAUGCUCCCGGAACUCUCGAACGCUUAUGCCCCGCCCUACCACCGGUUCAUCACCCACCAGGGUCACCGGUUCCGCUUCGCAACCCGCAAGCGCGAAGGCACCAUCUACUGGCGGUGCGCGAUGCGACUCGAGUCCAAGUGCCCAGUCUCGUUCCACACCAAGGAGGACACGUACGAGCUGGUUAGCAUGAGAAAUCACGACCACAACCACGGGAUCCCCGCGGUUUGGCCGGAGUAUGCGGGUGGGGCGAUGGAGGGGGAGACGCUGCCGGUGGUGAAGCUGCCGCAGGAGGAGAUCGGGACGAUGGACUACAUACUGACGAAGAAUUCGAAGGGACGGGACGUGAUUUUGUACCAGAAUGGGCGGUACUAUUUGGACUACUCGCGGAAGGACGGGAAGGUCGUGUUUCGGUGUUCGGCGGUAGCGGGUUGCCGCGCCACCGUCCUCCUCUUACCCAACAAAACUCUGCAGGUCAGCCGCGAGCUUGUCCACAAUCACGCCGCCUUGCCUCCGAUGGGUCAUCCACAUCUCCAACAGCAGCAGCACCAUCAUCACCAACAACAACAGCAACACCAUCAAAUGCUGAUGCAACAACACCACCAGCGCCAACAACAACAACAGCAGCAUCAGCAACGCCUACAACAACUCCACCAACAACAGCAGCAGCAGCAGCAACAGCAACGGAUGAAUAUGUCCGCCAUGUCGAUGGACACUAGUGGCGGUGCCGACGGCACCGUCGAGAUCAAAUCCGACGACGAGUGUCAGCUGGUCGCGCCGCCGGAUCCGCUGGGAAUCGAGCAGACGGUGCCAGCGGCGCCUACGCCGCCAACGCCUUCAACGUCUGCCGCAGCAGCAGCAGCAGCAGCAGGACUUCAGUGUCCAAACUUUAUCGUACACCUGGGCUAUCACUACAAGUUUGUGUCGAAGAGCGAGGACGACCGGACGGCGUACUGGCGCUGCUCGAACUACGAGGCCAAGAUGAACUGCCAGUCGGCGAUCUACACGACGCUGGCGGGCCAAGUGCUGCGGAACAACAACAUGAUGCACAACCACAAGGCGGAGGACUACGCGAGCGCGGCGGCCAACAACAGUCUGGCGAAGCGGAAAAACAUGAUCGGGUCGCGGGACUACAAGAUCGUGAAGAACUGGAAGAAUCGCGACGUGCUGGUGUUCCAGCAGUGUCGGUACUUUUUGCACUACGUGCGCAAGGAUGGGCGGAAGGUGUGGCGCUGCUCGGCGAUCCGGAGUUGCCACGCGGCGGUUUAUUUGGGGGCUGACGGGCGGGUCGAUCAGGUUAAGGGCGAGCACGUGCACGACAUCCGGCAGGAGGGAGAGCCGAGACGGCGGCGGAGAAUUCCACCGAUGAUGGCGGGGCCGAUGGGAGGGGCACCUCCUCCAGCCGGAAAUGGCGGCGGGUCGGCCGAGUGGAUCGACUACAGUGACUACGGGUUCACGAUGGAUAACAACUCGCUGUGGGACAACUUUAACCCGCAUCAGAUGGGAGGAGCGGCCGCUGUUGCUCCGAACUCAGGGGGCGUUCCGACCAACGGGGAUAACUUUGAGCUGAGCUACCACUCGGUGUUUGGUGGGGGUGGUGGUCAGUCGGGCGGAUUUGGAGUCGGUAGCUACGGGAUGGCGCCGUCGCUGCAGCAGCACCACCAGCCGCAACAGCAACAGCAAAGUGUCGACACUUCCGCAAUGAACGACGAUGAGGGCGAGGAGGAAGAGGAGGAGGAUGACGACGAUGACGAGGGCCUGCCGCUGGAACCGGACGUGAGCUUUGCCGAGCACGAGGACAACUUUGACGCGUUGCAUCUCGAGCCGGUCGUGCAGAUGGCCGAUGAUUAAUUUUGUUUUACUUUUGUUUACGAUUUAUUUUUCUUUAGAGAGACAGAGAGGAAAUAUUUAAUCCAUUUUUAGCAAAAAAAUAGUUUUGUAAGGACACACUGUACUAGCGAGAUUGUUGUUAGUUUCGGCAGAGCAAAGUUCCCAAUUGUUUAAUUUUUAAAAUUAGUGAAGACACAACAUUAUUUUAGAUUAGGCGAUUCAAAAAGAGAAAAAUGUUACGACAGUUUAUAAACCAUUAAUUGUGAGCAAAUUAAGCAAGCACAAAAUAAACAAAACAUUAGACAAAAAAAAAAACAAGAUUCCUUCAACAAAAAAGUCGCAAACCGAAACCGAAACAAAAUUGCAGCUAAUGAAAUUAUGGAACAAACUGACCCCCUCCCAAAAACAAGAGGGGCGCAAAACGUAGAGAUCGAAAACAAAAUACUAUUCCUAUACAUUUUUAUUAGUUUGUAAAAUUAGCAUAAAAAACACAUUAUUUUAUUCCCACUUGAAAACUAAAAAGUUGCACCCUUUAAAAAUGCCCUCGACGUACACGAAAAAUAAUAAACCACAACAAGAGCACGAAAAAAAGAAAGAAAAAAAAACACCACAAACAUAGACAUCCUAGACCUAUCUAGUAGCCUAAGCAAAUGGGGAAAACACAAACAGUGAAAACGAAAUGGAGAGAAGAAGAAGAAGAAGAAGCGAAGAGUGCAAUUUUACAUGCUCGACAAGUGGAGGCGGAGGCGAAGAAGACCAUUCUUUCGUCCUUUCUUCCCGUUUUUUCCCCAUCCCCGACAUGAAAAAAAA